AUGGGUGCCAUGAUGGGUCUCCUCCUGCUGCUGCUGGCCGGUGUCGCGGCGGGCUCGGUGGUGGAUCUGCAGAAGAGGAUCAUCGGAGGUGCAGAUUGUUCCCCCAGCGAGCGUCAGUACCACGUGCAACUGAGACGGUCUGAUCCGGAUGGAUUUGUCUGCGGCGGCUCUCUGAUCGGCUCCAACUGGGUCCUGACUGCAGCUCACUGCUGGGAGCCAACACUGUAUGCCGUGGUGAAUGUGAAUCCAACAAAAAGAACACCAGUGGCCGUCACACCUUAUUGGAUAUCUUGCUUGGACUUCCAGCAACGGAGACAUGACCUCAUGCUGCUGAAGAUCUAUAACCCCACCAAUAUCCAGUACCCCUCCAUAGCCCUUUCUAAAUGCAACACUCCUCUCAAAGUGGGGGAUGAAGUUCAGAUGGCAGGUCAUGCAGCCACAAAGCCAGGCCCGCGUAAUGUAAAAGUAAAUGGUGAAUCAAAAACACUCCAAUGUGCAAAACUCAACGUUGUCAACUGUAACACUCGCACAAAUCAUUUGAUGAACUUCCCAAAUGUCUACCCGCCCGUAAGCUAUCAAAAACAGUUGUGUUACCAAAGUCCUGGAGUGGAUACGUGUCCAGGGGACUCUGGUGGAGGAGUGGUGUUCAAUGGCAAGCUCAUCGGUGUCCAUGUAAUGGGUGGUAAGAUUGCCUGUACUCAAGCAGAUGUAUUCAUGAACAUCUGUGAGAAGGUGUAUAAGGAUUGGAUUAAACACACUAUGAAUGCUGCAGGUACCAAGCUGGGAUGA